UUUACAGCAGUUACUUCUUAUCACAACACAUCAUUAGACUCGUACUAUUUUGGAUUUUCUUUCUUUUGUCAUCGAACCCGUUCAUACUCUCACAGCAUACACGAACGAAUUAUUGUGAUGGAGAUGGACAACUAAGGAUUGUUUAGUUACACUCUGGAGACGUUUAUCAAUUUUUUUUCCAAGAUGAAUUUUGGCGAAAACGUCAAGAAUAACUUAUGGGCUAAAUACUUGGGAAUAAAUUCUGAAAAUAUAGAUAAUUUUUUGGCCCUUCCUGCAGAAAUUGAUCCAGAAGAAAAGAAAGACACAAAAUUGCCUGUAGUUGAUAUAGAACUCUAUGGAUCCUGUCCAAGAUAUGCGGAAAUACACCUUGUUAGAUGUAAAACAUGUCAUGCCAUUUUACUUCCACCUGCUUUGUUAAAACAUAUUGAGAAAAGACAUGGAACCAAAGAAGAAAUUACUUCUAAACCAUCAAGCAGUUGUUCUAAUGCUUCCUCUUCUCGUACUUGCUAUGUUACUACUACCCCUUCCAGGAAUAAAGAAACCACUUGGAAAAUGAGCAAAGACACUUCUUGUGGUGCUGUUCUGCCAUCCUCUGUGAAUGUAAAUACAUCAGCAAACAUAGUAAGAGUAAAAUCUCAAAAACCAAAUUUAAAGGUGGAGACUGCACCAUACCAUAAACAUUCAAAGUCACGUUUAUUGACUUUAAAGAAAAAUAACAUUGAACCAGAGCUUUCUGUAAUGAAACUUCCAGCCGUGACUUCUAAUAUUCCGUCUGCAUCUAUUUUGCAACAUACAUCAAACAGUUCUCUGUGGAAUGAUUUUUCUCCAUCUGUUGAAAAUAAAUUUGGUAAAGAUUCUGUUCAAUCUCCUCAAUCUAAUUCAACAUCAUCUAUAACACCAGAUUCACCAGAUUCUCCAUUGGCAGGAAAAGAGGCGCCCUUGAUACAAAAACUGGUUUUAAGACGAGUUUUACAGACGAAUGAGGAUCCUGCAGUAAGAAGACAAUCUGCAGAAGGCACGAAAGGCAUGGCUCGGAAUAAAAAGGAUGCAACCAAACAGCCGUAUUUUAUGGUGGUUAAAAAUAAAGAACAUUGCCAAAAUCUAAUGGCCACCCAACAAAAUAUGCGAAUGCAACCUAGUGUGGGGCAUCAGGAAACGAAUAAGGUCGAACAGAAAACGAGACAUUUGGAAAAUAUAAGAGAUAAAUUGAUAACAAAGCUUCUUCGGGAAUUACAAUAUGUGAAACAAAAGCUAAAUGAAUCAAAUUCUACAAACACAGAACUUCGAAAGGAAAUUCUGGUUUGCAAAGAACAGGCCGAAAUAGGCAAUUCAAAAGAAGAGGAAAAUAAAAGACUGAAACAAGAGGUGGAAGAAUUAAAGAUGACAGCAGAAGAGAAUAAAAUGCUUGCUGAACAAAAUAAAAGAUAUAUGGAAGAAAUACAAAGACUGAAAGCACAAGUUGAAUUUUUUACCAACAGUUUGUUAGAGCAUGCCCAAAUGUAUUCAAACUACGCAAAUCGUAGUUAUAAUUCUGAAAAGCUUGUACAACAGUUGCAAAUUGUUGAGGAACAAAAACUCCAAUAUCAGAGACGAUUGGAAGAAAUGGAAAACGAAUUAAGGGAAUUCAAAAAUUCUGCACAGAUUGAAAAGGAAACUGUGGAUAAUAAACUUCAAAAAUUUGCUUUACUUUUUGCUGAAAUGCAGGAAAAAUUCAGAUUAAUUAAGGCACAAAAUAAGAAUUUGCAUGUGCACAAUAAGCUAUUGGAGAAUCAUCUUCCCCAAGAGGCUCUUUAUGAAGUGGAAAGUCAGUAUGCAGCAUAUUCUAGGCAGACAGAAUUAUAUGAAUUAUAUCCUGAGAUGAUAACAAAUCCAACAGAUAUUGAAGAACCUUCAGUUCCAAUUACUGAAAAAUUGAUUUCGGAUAUUCAAAAUAACUAUCUAAAUUAUCAACAACAGGAAGAAGAUGAUAGCGAUGAAAUAUUUCAACAAACAAUGAAUGAAGACAUUUCUUGAGCAAAAAUGACCAUUCCCAUGUGGAUUUUGUUGAAGAGAUAUAAAAGGCAAUAAGAUUUGCAUUAAAAAUAUUGGCUUCUUUUAUAUGUUGACAAAUGUUUGGUUAAAAAAAAUUCUGAAAUUAAUGUUUUAUUUACAAAAUUAGAUCUCUUUAUGAGAUGCAAAACACUCCUCUUAUUUAUCAGGUGUAGAAUUUCUUUAUUGCUCUAUUUAUUAGUGAUAUUUGCUGUUGUGAUAUUGUUUGUGAAUUGUGUGAUUUUCUUUGUUACAUAAUUUAUAUUAAUCAUGACUAUACAUAUUUAACCAACGUGAUGAAAACACUCCAAUGUUCAAAUGGUUUAAUUAAACUGCAUUUGGGUUAAUUCAUAUAACUAUGUGUAAGGUCCUACUUAUUGACAGUGGGAAAAAUGUCUUAAUAUCUUCUUUUCUAUGUGUUAAAACCUAAGAGGAAUGAGAGUUGAUUGCUCUAAAUAGUUUGUGUUGUGGUUUUUAACUGAGAAUUCUGUGCAUCUGGGUUUGUGCACACAUAUUGCAAUUUCUCAAGGAGAUUAGUUGCAAGAAAGCACUUUUUAAAUGUGCUUCAAAAAGAACAGUUUGUUGUCCUUUGAUGAUCUUUCUUACUUGGAAGUUCCUUGAAAGAUAAGCAAAAUGGCAGCUGUUCAUUUAUAUUUGUGUCGACGAUUAAUCUCAUUAUUUGGAUAUCCUUUUCAGGAACCAUGUAGAUUAUUUAGAUUGCAAAUUUACUUUGUAGGGAUAGUUGUAUAUUUUAAUUUUUUCUUUCUUUGGUACAUAAGAUUCACAUUUUGUGUGUGAAAAUUUUAAGUAAUCAUUUAGCCACUUUAUGUUGAUAAUAUAUAUAUAUUCGUAGAUAGAUGCAAUGUGGUGUUUUUAUUUUUAAAUUUUUCUGAUUGAGGCUAUUUUUAUAUGUUUUUUUUUUUUUUUUUUUUUUUUUUUGUAUGCUUAAUAAAAUAAUAAUAAUGUGGUGUUAGCAAUUGAAAUGGUAAGAUUCAGUGAUCCAGUUAUGUAUAACACUGGCUCGUGCUGACUGAAAGCAAAAUCAUUAUUUUAUUCGUAUAUGCAUUAAUGUGACUUCUUAUAAUCCUGCUUUAUAUAUGUGAUGUUAUAUAAAUAUAUAUAUAUGUGUGUGUGUAUUGUGAAGGCUAUAUAUUACAUGUAUGUGUAUGUACACAUAUAUAUGCACCCUUUUAUAUAGUUUUCAUGUUUUCUUCCUGCUUGUAAACUCACCAAUGAAUAAUUUGAAUGCUUAAUUGGAUUUUUUAAUACAAGUAGCCUCUAGUACUUUUUCUCUUACAAAAAUUAAAAAGUUACUGCUAGGGUUUUUUUUUUUUUUUU